UCAUUUUGGACACCUGCUGGAAAACGGAACAAGGAUAAUGCUCGUGAACGUGCUUCCCCUGCGUGGAUCCGCGCUCCAAACGCACCGAGAUUAGAGGCGAAAGAGUCGGGUUGCGCUUGGCUGCUCCUUAUCUGCGAACGCACGGGUCCAUGAAUCCUUGGCUGUGACCACGUUGCAUGGGGAUAACUGUUUUGAAAUAAAAGCAGAGGGGAACACGAUUGAACUGCUGUCAUGGAUUUAAAGGAUUUCUACUUAUUGGCAACCUUAGUCGCUUGCCUGUGGCUAGACCCAGCCAUAGCCCAAGAGCUAAUUUACCCUAUCCGGGAGGAGCUGCAAGAGAACGUUCUUAUUGGAAACAUACCAAAGGACUUGAACAUCUCCCAUAUGAACGCUGCCACCGGGGCCAGCAACAAUCUGGUUUACCGGCUGGUGUCGAAAGCAGGGGACAACCCACUACUGAGAGUGAUGAGCAACACAGGGGAGAUUUUUACCACCUCGAACCGGAUCGAUAGAGAAAAACUCUGCCCGGGACCCUCGUACGAGGACAGCGAGUGCUCGUUCGAAAUCGAAGUGGUCAUACUGCCCAACGACUACUUCCGAUUGAUCAAAAUCAAGAUCGUCGUAAAGGACACCAACGAUAAUGCCCCAAUGUUCCCCUCCCCGGUGAUCAACAUUUCCAUUCCUGAAAACACGCUCAUCAACAGCCGCUUUGCGAUUCCCUCCGCUACCGAUCCAGACACAGGACCCAACAGUGUUCACAAGUAUGAGCUGGUGAACGGCCAGAGCGCCUUCGGCUUGGAUAUCGUGGAGACGCCAGAAGGAGAGAAGUGGCCACAGCUCAUCGUCCAGCAGAAUCUCGACAGGGAGCAGAAGGACACGUAUGUGAUGAAAAUCAAAGUGGAGGACGGUGGCAACCCUCAGAAAUCCAGCACUGCCAUCCUCCAGGUCACGGUAACUGACGUCAAUGACAACCGGCCAGUUUUCAAAGAGAGCCAGAUAGAAGUUCACAUUCCUGAAAGUUCUCCGGUUGGAACUUCUGUUGUGCAGCUGCAGGCUACAGAUGCAGAUGUUGGUUCCAAUGCAGAAAUCAAAUACAUGUUUGGCACCCAAGUAUCUCCCGCCACAAGGAGGCUCUUUGCACUGAAUGCCACCACCGGCCUUAUAACAGUGCAGAGGCCGCUAGAUAGGGAAGAGACAGCCAUUCAUAAACUGUCAGUUUUAGCGAGUGAUGGGAGCUCCAGUCCAGCCAGAGCCACCGUAACGAUCAAUGUGACCGAUGUGAAUGAUAACGCUCCAAACAUAGACCUGAGGUACAUUAUCAGUCCUACCAAUGGUACUGUCAUGCUGUCUGAAAAAGACCCCAUUAACACCAAGAUUGCUCUUAUCACUGUCUCUGAUAAGGACACCGACGUCAAUGGGAAGGUGAUUUGCUUCAUUGAAAAAGACGUGCCCUUUCACCUCAAAGCAGUCUAUGACAACCAGUAUUUGUUAGAAACCUCAGCUUUGCUUGAUUACGAGGGCACCAAAGAGUACAUUUUCAAAAUUGUUGCUUCUGACUCUGGAAAGCCCAGUUUGAACCAGACAGCGCUGGUUAGGGUGAGACUGGAGGACGAGAACGAUAAUCCACCCAUUUUUAGCCAGCCUGUUAUCGAACUAGCGGUCAUGGAAAAUAACCCGCGUGACUUAUUUCUCACAACCAUCACUGCCACAGACGAAGACAGUGGAAGGAACGCUGAAAUCGUCUACCAGCUUGGUCCCAAUGCCUCUUUCUUUGACCUUGACCGCAAAACAGGGGUGCUCACUGCAUCCAGAGUGUUUGACAGAGAGGACCAAGAGCGUUUCUUAUUCACCGUCACAGCGAGGGACAACGGUACCCGUGCUUUGCAAAGCCAGGCGGCGGUUAUCGUCACUAUUUUAGAUGAAAAUGACAACAGCCCCAAAUUCACACAUAAUCACUUUCAGUUCUUUGUGUCCGAGAACCUGCCCAAGUACAGUACGGUCGGAGUGAUAACAGUCACAGAUGCAGAUGCGGGCGAAAAUGCUGUGGUUUCCCUCUCCAUACUUAAUGAUAACGAAAACUUCAUCCUUGACCCUUACACUGGGGUCAUAAAGUCCAACGUGUCCUUCGACAGAGAACAGCAAAGCUCCUACACCUUUGAUGUCAGGGCUGUAGACAGCGGUCACCCACCAUGUUCCUCGGCCGCCAAAGUGACCAUCAAUGUUAUAGACGUCAAUGACAACCCACCAAUCGUUAUCUACCCUCCGUCUAACACUUCCUUCAAGUUAGUACCGUUAUCCGCGAUUCCAGGCUCAGUGGUUGCUGAGGUUUUCGCCGUGGAUGGAGAUACAGGAAUGAACGCGGAACUGAAGUAUACCAUUGUCAGUGGCAACAACAGGGGACUUUUCAGGAUUGAUCCCGUGACUGGGAACAUUACCUUGGAGGAGAAACCUACAGUCAUGGACAUUGGCCUCCAUCGGCUAGUGGUCAACAUUAGUGACCUUGGUUAUCCGAAGUCCCUGCACACUCUGGUUCUUGUUUUCCUCUACGUGAAUGACACUGUUGGAAAUUCAUCCCACAUCUACGACCUAAUCCGCCGGACGAUGGAGACGCCGCUGGACAGGAACAUCGGCGAAAGCAGUGAGGCUUAUCCAAAUGUCGAUAACUUAAAGACCAUCAUCGCCAUUGUAACAGGUGCAAUGGUGGUCAUUGUGGUCAUUUUUAUUACUGUUCUGGUGCGAUGCCGCCAUGCUUCGCAGUUCAAAGCCGCUCAAAGGAAGAAGCAAGGCGCUGAGUGGAUGUCGCCCAACCAGGAGAACAAGCAGAACAAGAAGAAGAAGCGCAAGAAAAGGAAGUCGCCCAAAAGCUCCCUGCUGAACUUUGUCACCAUUGAGGAGAACAAACCCGACGAUCCAACGCACGAGCCCAUCAAUGGCACCAUUAGCAUCCCUGCCGAGCUGGAAGAUCCUGGGAUCGGACGCUUUGACUGGAAUGCUACGCCGACCACCACCUUCAAGCCCAGCAGUCCUGACUUGGCAAGGCACUACAAGUCCGCCUCGCCCCAGUCCGCUUUCCACCUCAAGGCUGACACUCCGGUGUCCGUGAAAAAGCAUCACGUCAUUCAGGAGCUGCCGCUCGACAACACUUUCGUCGGAGGUUGCGACACGCUCUCCAAGCGCUCCUCCACCAGCUCAGACCACUUCAGUGCCUCGGAGUGCAGUUCCCAAGGAGGCUUCAAGACAAAGGGUGGGACCUUACACACCAGACAGGGAACCCUAACGCGCGCCCGAACCGAACUGAACCCCGACUAUCUGGACCUGCGCUCACGAACUGACCUCAACCCCGAAUACUGGACGCCCUGCACUCCUCUAUCUCAGCGGCGCGUCACGUUCCACCUGCCGGACGGCUCUCAGGAGAGCUGCAGCGACAGUGGUCUGGGGGAGCACGAGCCGGUGGGUGGCGGCCCCCUGCUGACACACCCGCUUCCCCUGGUGCAGCCGCAGGACGACUUCUAUGAACAGGCCUCUCCGGACAAGAGGACUGAAGCUGACGGCAACUCUGACCCCAACUCAGGUAAGAGAAUUUCUUUAUUUAUUUAUUUUUUUACAGAAUCUGGCGGCCCUGUUGUUGGCCUAUAUCAUCCAGUUAAUACUAUGUGAGCUGAUAUGCUAGUUCUGUAUGUUUUUGAGCAUGUUUAAAUGUGUGCAGGAGUGUGUGACCAUGUGGCCCUUUGUCUUUGGCAAUGGCGUCCAGUUGAGAGUGUGUGUGUGUG